UCAAUAUAAUAUAGGCGCUGACGAUGGGAAAGAAGAAAAAGAAAAGAUGAAAAUGAGGAAGAAAAUUGGGAAAGAGUAACGAAUAGGUCAACACAAGUAUGGCAAGAGGUUUAUAGAUUUGAAUAAACAAAGAACGUUAACAAGGAAAGGAUCCAUGUAAUCUGAGGGCAUCCCAUUUUUCCAGUCUUCUUUUCGGCUAAAAGGAACGACUGGAGAAAAAAACAAUUUAGUCUUUAAUCAUCGAUCGAUUCCAAAAUGAUCGGUUGGUUUAAGCAGUUACACACUGCUUUUGGGGUUUCGUUUCUAUGGCUUGUUUGCCUCAUUUACUUCACACAGGGGUUCAGAUCUUUUGUCUGGACAGCAGUUUCAUAUCAGUUGAAAGACAACUUGAAGUUAUCACCAUCAGCCUCCCAAUUUGUCACUUCAAUAGCAUUCUUUCCAUGGAGCAUAAAACCUUUAUAUGGGAUAUUGUCCGAUUGCUUUCCAAUUAGAGGAAGGAAAAGAGUCCCCUACCUUACACUUGCAACUUUGCUCUCACUGUUGCCAUGGCUCAUUUUAGGUUUAAGUGCUUUCCUGAGAAAUACGAGGAUAGAACUCAUGAUUCUUUUGACAGUGCAGAACCUGGGCUCUGCAAUGGCUGAUGUCGUAAUUGACGCAAUGAUCGCUGAGGCAGUAAGAUUUGAGAGGGCAUCAUUUGCUGGUGAUCUUCAGUCAGUAUCUUGGCUGUCUUUGGCAUUCGGAGGAAUCUGUGGUAGUUUGCUAGGAGGACAUGCAUUAGACAAUUUACCGAUAGAUAGGAUUUUCCUCCUUUUCUCUGUCUUACCUGCUUUGCAGCUCUUUUCGUGUGGCUUGGUUGAGGAGGGUUCUGUACAAGGUAAAGCAUUCUCUGAAGGUUCUACAUUUAAUGGUUCUGAUAUGACGAGCAGAAUUAUUGAUGAAGAAGAUAAAUUCUCUGGUGAAAAAUCGAAAAUUAGUACUUUGAGGAGAAAGAAGAGCCAGAAAAAUACAAAAAUAGCGCCAACUACGGAAAAUAAAUUUCAGGCUCCCAACAAAAAUGGAUCGCCAUUGUCUCCGUGGUAUCAAUCACUGAAAAUGGCCACUUACACAUUAUUUAGGGCGUUCCGCCAGCCAGCCAUUUUGAGACCAAUGGCUUGGUUCUUUCUGGCUCACGUGACAGUUCCAAAUCUCUCGACGGUUAUGUUCUAUUAUCAGACAGAGUUCUUAAAACUGGAGGCAUCUUUCCUUGGAACAGCACGUGUUCUUGGAUGGUUGAGUCUCAUGAUUGGGACCUUGACUUACAAUCGUUUUUUAAAAAAGACGAGGUUGCGGCAUAUUCUCAUGUUUACUCAAGUUGGCGUGGCCCUUCUGACUGUUCUAGAUAUGGUUUUGGUUUCUCGAGCUAAUGUUUUAUUAGGCAUCUCAGACAAGGUUACAGUGCUAUUUGGUUCUGCUCUUUCUGAUGGCAUCAAUCAAUUCAAGUUCAUGCCCUUUCUUAUCUUAUCAGGACAGCUUUGUCCUCCAGGCGUUGAAGGGACUUUAUUUGCAUUAUUCAUGUCAAUAAACAACUUAGGUUCUACGGUGGGAUCCUUUGUAGGAGCAGGGCUGGCUUCAGUUCUAAACAUCUCUUCAGGAUCUUUUGACAAUCUCUUCUUAGGCAUUGGUAUACAGGUUCUCUGCACUUUCAUCCCAGUGGUCUUCCUCUUCUUGAUUCCGAAGGAAGCUACAGGAAUAUCAGCAUAGUUCAUAAAGCAUACAUGCAGGUUACAGAUUAGACAACAAAGUUUUUUUUUUCUAUAUGAUAGACAGAUACUUGUUUUUUGGAUUGAGAUGAGCUUAAAUAGAGCAAUAGGGUCAAUGACAAUUCAUAUAGUCGAUCCCAGUUUGCUUGAGAUUGAGGCGUAGUAGUUGAAUGGAUAAUUGGAGCAUGGUAGCUCUUUAUUCCUCAUCUCAUCUCAUUAACAUCUGUAAUAGCAAACAUCAAUUAUUGGGUUUGGGGCAUCCAAAAGUUUUAUCUGAGAGCAUUAUUCUUGACA